AUGGACCGCAAAUGGGUAGAGAAGUACCAAGCCCGCAACACCAUCAGCAGCGAUGCCGCCCGCAAAGAAGGAUCAAGUGAAGUGUUGCCCAACAGCGACGGCCGCGCCGGAUCCCUGCCGGCGGCCAUUGACAUUCUUGAGGGCAAGCACAUCGGCCACAAGUAG